ACGAACAUUUCCCCGUAACAAAAAAUGUUCGGUUGUUUGUUCGGUUGCGAUCCGAUAUUUGUCGGUUUUUGCCCGUCACAUCAAAGGAUGUUCGCCGUGGCUCGGAUAACAGUCUGGACGUCGCUGCGAACACUUCCUGCGAACAUUCAGUUGUCGACGUGGAGCGGUGUUGUCUUCACGGAGUUAGUAGCGGUGCGUGACUCUUUUGUUAUAUGAGAAUGGAGUGGUCCAAGGAAGAUCAAAUAAAACUGAUAGAUUUGUAUAAACAACAAACAGUGAUAUGGGACCCAAACAAUGUUAAUCAUUUCAACAAAAUUAGAAAACAAGACGCGUGGGAAGAAAUCGGGGCCGAAAUGGACAGAGAUGUGGACGAAUGUAAGAAGAAAAUGGAGAGUUUGCUAUCAGCAUUAAGAAGGGAGAGGAAGAAAAUGAAAGACACUGCUGGAACUGGAAAAGGAACUGACGAAAUGUACAGAAGUUCCUGGUUCGCUUUUGAAAGUCUACGUUUCUUGCUGGACAAAAAUAAACAAAGAAAGACAAUUUCGACGAUGCGAGUAGAAAGCGAAGAGAGAGACGUAGAAUGUGGUACAGUUGGAGAAUCAGCACAGGAAACUGUACCGAAAAAGAAGAAGCAGCGAGUCGAAGAUGCACGUCUGGACAAAGCCUUUCAUAUAUUGUCGUCCACCGCGAGUCAGCUUAACGAUGAGUGCCAACAUUUUGGAAAUUUGGUCGCAUCUAAGUUGAGACAGUACAACGUUGAUACUAGAUGUACAAUUGAAAAUGACAUUAUGGGUAUUUUCCUUCGCGCUAACAGGGGUUUCUACAAUAACACUCAGAAUUUUAUACAACCACACUAUCCAUGUCAUUUUCCAUCGGACAACUCUGUCAUGCAGUCAAACACUGUAUUGUCCAACCCUACAACCCCGUGUCCUUCAGCAGGAUCACCUACCUUGACAUCUGAUGAUGAUGAUUUCAUUAUUCACGAUCUCUUAUAAAAUAUUUUUGUUUUAAUUACAGUGCUCCUAAUGAUUUGUAACACAGUGUAAACAACUUUGUCAUUUCUUAUAAAUAAAUGUAGAAAAUUACGUUAAUAAAUCUUUCAAUUACACAGUA